UCCUCCCGUGAACAAAUCCCUUCGGCCGGAACGCCAACCCCUUGGGCCUUAGGUUUGUUUACGGGAACUUUACCCACUGUUAAAACCUGAAUUUUUAUUUUAGUUAAAAUUAAUUAAAUAAAUAAAUCUCUCUUUUUCCCUCUCGGAAGGCAAAACGGUGCGUUUUAUCAUUUUAGUGGCAUUUCUGAGCCUGAUCGGGGCUUGACUGUUGUCGUGUCGAGUCAGUAACAGUUAUUGAGUCAAACAGUAAAGAGUCAGUGCUUACUGGAGCAAGAGAUGGAGACGAAGAGCGGCAACGCUAGCUCAACGAUGAUACUCCAUAACGCGGUGAUAGUCACAAUGGACAACGAAAGCAGAGUAUUUCGAAACGGAGGCGUUUUUAUUGCACGAGAUCAAAUCAAAGCCAUUGGUCAAUCUGCCGAUAUUCUUCGACAGUUUUCCUCGUUGACCGAUCAACUCGUCGAUCUUCACGGCCGAAUCCUACUUCCUGGAUUGAUUAAUACUCACGUUCACACAUCUCAACAACUAGCAAGAGGGAUAGCUGAUGACGUGGAUUUGAUGACCUGGUUACACGAUCGAAUCUGGCCUUAUGAAUCUAACAUGACCGAAGAAGAUUCUUACAUCUCCACUUUACUCUGCGGAAUUGAACUCAUUCACUCUGGUGUAACGUGUUUUGCUGAAGCAGGAGGGCAGCAUGUAACUGGAAUGGCUAAAGCAGUUGAGUUACUGGGUAUACGCGCAUGUUUAGUCCAGUCAACGAUGGACUCCGGUGAGGGUUUACCUGCUUCUUGGGCGGCUCGAACUACUGAUGAUUGUAUUCAGUCUCAGAAGCAGCUUUACGAGAAGCACCAUAAUACAGCUGAUGAGCGCAUUAGAGUAUGGCUUGGGAUUAGGCAAGUCAUGAAUUCAACUGACGCUUUGCUACUUAAAACAAGAGAUACAGCUAGAGAACUGAAAACUGGAAUCCACAUGCAUGUUGCAGAGAUACCCUAUGAGAAUCAACUUGUGAUGGAUACUCGAGAGGUUGUUCAUGGAACAGUUACAUAUUUGGACAAGAUAGGAUUCCUGCAAAACAACUUGCUUUCGGCCCAUACCGUUUGGGUAAACAGCACUGAGAUUGGUUUCCUCUCAAGGACUGGUGUCAAAGUAUCUCACUGCCCUGCUGCUGCAAUGCGUAUGCUAGGGUUUGCACCUAUAAAGGAGAUGCUUAAGGCUGACAUCUGUGUUUCCUUGGGAACAGAUGGGGCACCAUCAAACAAUAGGAUGAGCAUUGUUGAUGAGAUGUAUCUAGCUUCUUUGAUUAAUAAAGGAAGAGAAGUUUUUGCAAAUGGAACAACCGAUCCAACAGCUCUCCCUGCUGAAACAGUUCUCAGAAUGGCGACAAUAAAUGGUGCAAAAUCAGUUCUAUGGGACAAUGAAAUAGGGUCGCUUGAGAUUGGGAAAAAGGCCGAUAUGGUUGUGGUUGAUCCUUUCUCUUGGUCGAUGGUUCCUGUUCACGACUGGAUUACAAGUCUUGUGUAUUGCAUGCGAACAGAGAAUGUUGUCUCUGUGAUGUGCAAUGGCCAGUGGAUUAUGAAGGAUAAGAAAAUCUUGAGUGUAGAUGAGAGAGCAAUUAUUUCAGCGGCAAAACAAGCUUCCACCGAACUUUUGAAAAGGGCGGGCAUUACAUUGCCAAACAGGAUGAAUGUUCUCUGACCGUUAUCGACUUGGACAAUCUCGUAAUAACAAAUGCUUCUUGUUGUUAUUUUAUUUGAAAUGUAAAUUAAUUAUGUAAUUUGUCUGUCAUACAGUUCAGUAUUUGAUUACAUGGCC